ACUUUAUACAUUCGCAUUCAGCACCCCGCGGUACGCAGACUCGACCAACAGCCAGUGAGCAAACGCCGAAAUUCCCCCAUUUCCUUUGAUCCUUUCACCCGUCGCAUUAUAGAAUCUUUUUUUGUGAUAGAGCUAAAUACUAGCAUUGUACGGAUACACCACUCUCAUUUAUUCAAUAUCAUAUUGCUUCGAGAAAGAGAGAACAUUAACAAUGAACAAGAAGAAGGUAUUUCAAUUAGCAAAGGGUUUUAGAGGUAGGGCAAAGAAUUGUAUAAGGAUAGCAAGAGAGAGAGUGGAGAAAGCGCUUCAAUAUUCCUACAGAGAUCGUCGCACCAAGAAGCGUGAUAUGCGUUCUCUUUGGAUUGAACGCAUCAAUGCCGGUGCUCGCCAACAUGGGGUAAAUUACGGUAACUUCAUGCAUGGGCUGAUGAAGGAGAAUAUUCAAUUAAACAGGAAGGUACUGUCAGAACUGGCCAUGCAUGAGCCAUAUAGUUUCAAGGCUUUGGUGGAUGUAUCACGGAAUGCUUUUCCAGGCAACAAAAUUGAACCGAAAAAGGUAGGCCUUGCCGUUGUUCUGUGAUUGGCGAUCUAUGAGGCCUCCUUGACUGUGUGCUCCUUCCCAAGCGUCGGUCCGUCCUCAAGGCGUAGGCAGCAUCUUUUGGCUGUUUCUUGAUUCCAUCUUCAUUUAUCCAUUAUUUUCAGGCCAAAAUAAACUAAACUAGAUGUACUCUGCUGUUAUCAAGGGCAGACAGUUCAAGAAUAGGAUCCUAAUGGUAGACAUUUUGGUUUAGUUAAUCUGUUAUAGAAUUAGGAUCCUGUUGUUUUCCAAUACAUCUGUUUUAUGGGUUUGACUUAUGUCAGUGCUCUUGGUCUUCACCUUCUUGGAAAUUAUGAUUUGCUAAAAUAGCUGUUAAAUUCGCAUCAAAUCAAAUUAAAUAAAAAAGGUCGAAAAAAUUAAUAUUAGUGUUUGUAACAGCUAGCAUCAUGUUUAUAUUGUUCGUUGAUGAGUAAAA